AUGGCCGGGAACAGCCUGGUCCUGCCCAUUGUGCUAUGGGGCCGCCGGGCCCCCACUCACUGCGUGUCCUCCUUGCUCCUCAUGGAUGAGGUGCCCGUGGUGGUGACGGGCUGCCAGGACGGGCAGCUCUGCCUUUGGGACCUGGCUCCGGACCUGCAGCUGAAGCCUCGGGCCCUGCUCUUUGGCCACUCGGGCUCCAUCACCUGCCUGGCCAAGGGCUCGGGGGCCGGGCAGCAGCCCCACGUGGUGAGCGCCUCGGAGAGCGGAGAGCUGUGUUUAUGGGAUGUCACCGACGGGCGCUGCCUCGAGUUCACCAAGCUGGCCUGCACCCACACAGGCAUCCAGUUCUACCAGAGCCCCGUGGGAUCCCAGCGGGAAGGGAGGCUGCUUUGCCACGGCCAGUAUCCCGAGAUCCUCGUCCUGGAUGCCGCCAGCCUGGAGGUGCUCUAUUCCCUGUUAUCCAGGAUCGCUCCCGAUUGGAUCAGCGCCAUCAGCAUCGUCCCAUCCGCACGGAACCAAGAGGACACGGUGAUGGCCGUAUCCGUCACCGGCACCCUCAAGGUGUGGAGCAUCGCCUCGGGAGCAUCGCCUGGGAUGCAGGACGCGGCCCCGCUCUUCGAGGAGGAGUCCAAGCCCCUCUCUUACCCCAACUGCCGGAGCCUCUCCCUGUGCCCCUUCGCCGCCAGCUCCCUGCUGCUCGUCUGCUCCCAGUCCUGGCAGCUCCUGGAUGCUGGGGAUUAUUCCCUGCUCUGCUCCGUUCCCAUUGGGAAGCAACGGGCUUGGAGCGGGGGGGAAUUCCUGGCCCUGGAGCGGGUCAUUGUAUGGAGCGAGGAGGGGCGGAGCUUCAUCUAUGGGCUACCAAGCAGUUGCCUCCCAGCCAGCGCUUCCUUCCGGAGCUCCGUUGGGAUGAGCAUGGACAAGCGCAUCCCACCUUCCUUGCUCGCCGUGCUGGAUAGAGCGGAGCAAGAGCUCCUCAUCUGCCCUCCGCUCACCCGCUUCUUCCACGGCCACAAGGCUCUGCCUCCCAGGCUCCUCAUCCAAGGCGAUUCAUCGGGAAGGCUUUCCCUUUGGAGCAUCCCGGAUACCCUGGAGCCCACUAAAGGCCUGCAGCCCACGGCUUCCCUAUCCCUUCAGGAAGCCUUUGAGCGGCUCCGUCCCCAUCCGGCCGGGAUCAUCGACCAGCUGAGCCGCAUCCCGAACCGCCCCGAUCCCAUUGAGGUGACCGCCAGCGUCUACAUCCCGCUCCAUGGGCGCCUGGUGUGCGGCCGGGAAGACGGGAGCAUCGUCAUCGUCCCCGCCACCCAGACGGCCACGGUGCAGCUCCUGCAGGGGGAGCACGCCCAGCGCAGGGGUUGGCCCCCGCACCGCACCCUGCGCGCCCACCGCGCCCGCGUCACCUGCCUCCUGUACCCCCAUCAGGAAGCGGGGCGCUACGACCGCAGCGCCCUCCUUUCGGGCUCCUUGGACUUCACCGUUAUCCUUUGGGAUCUCUUCUCGGGGGCCAUGCAGCAUCUGUUCCACGUGCACGGCGGCGACAUCACCCAGCUCCUGGUGCCCCCCGAGACCUGCAGUAGCAGGGUGCAGCAAUGCGUGUGCUCGGUGGCUGGCGACCACUCGGUGGCGCUGUUGAGCCUGCGGGAGCGCAAGUGCCUCCUGCUGGCAUCCCGGCACCUCUUCCCCAUCCAAGUGAUCAAGUGGAGGCCUGCCGAGGAUUACCUGGUGGUGGGGUGCUCCGACGGCUCCGUCUACGUGUGGCACAUGGAUACGGGUGCUCUGGACCGGUGCGUAAUGGGAACGACUGGUGUGGAGAUCCUGGCGGCCUGCGCCGAGGCGGCACCGGAAGCCCUGGGCCACGGCGCCCUCAACCUCAAGCAGGCCGUGAGCAGGAGGAGCCUGGCGGCCCUCAAGAGCGUGGCCCAUCACAAGCUGCAGAGCCUGGCCACCAACCUGCUGGCCCCCGGAGCCGCGGGCAAGGACUCCCUCCCCAAGCACCCCCCUCACUCCCUCAUGGUCCAAGCCCUGAAGGCCUCGACCUGGGACGCCGCCAUCCACGUCCUCUUCUUCGACGUGGAGGCCCUCAUCCUGCAGCUGCUGAGCGAGGAAGCUUCCCAUUGCUCCCAGUGCCCAUCCCAGUCCCCAUCCCAGUCCCAUCCCGACGCUUGCCAAGGCCUGCCCAAGGGCUCCUCCUUCCUGAGCCCGCAGCGCGCCGCGGUCCUGCUGCAGCAAGUCAAGGAGAGCAUCAAGGAGAACAUCAAGGAGCAUCUCUUGGAUGAGGAGGAGGAGGAGGAGGAAGCAGGGAGCGGAUCCCAUGGGAUCGGGGCCCAUCGGGAGCACCGCAAGCCUCUGACCCUAUUGGAGCCCAACGUCACCAUGGAUACGGCCAAGCUCUUCCUGUCCUGCCUCCACGCUUGGGGCCUGCACCCCGCCUUGGACCAGCUCUGCUUGGAGCGCUUGGGGAUGCUCAAACCCCAUUGCUCCGUGGCCUUCGGGUUCUUAUCCCGGGGGGCCCACAUGUCCCUCAUGCUGCCGGGUUAUGACCGAGCCUUUGGGGCCGACCCCAUAGGGAGCGAGGAUCCCAUAGGGAAAGGCACUUAUGGGGUAUCCCGAGCCGUGAGCACGCAGCAUCUCCUCUCCAUCAUCUCCUUGGCCAACACGCUCAUGAGCAUGACCAACGCCACCUUCCUGGGACAGCACCCCCACAAGGGGCCCUCCAGGCCACCCCGACCAGGCGCCCCCGAGACCCCGAGGGCCAAAGCCCCCCCUGCCAUUGCAGCCCAAGGACACAUCAAGCAAGGCUGGAGCCAGCUGGCGGCCAUGCACUGCGUGAUGCUCCCGGACCUGCUGGGCCCCGCCGCCUUCCGCCCCCCCCUGCUGGAGAUGCUGGCGCGCCGCUGGCAGGACCGCUGCUUGGAGGUGAGGGAGGCGGCGCAGGCCCUGCUGCUGGCUGAGCUGCGCCGCAUGGAGCAGGCAGGGAGGAAGGAGACCAUCGAUGCUUGGGCUCCCUAUCUCCCCCUUUACAUGGACAGCGUCCUAUCCCCUGGAGUGAGCACGGAGGCCGUGCAGAUGGGCAGCACCAGCCCGGAUCCCAUGGGAACAGAAGCCAAGGUGCAGGAGGAGGAGCAGGAGCUGGGCGAUGACGACAUUCCAGCAGCCUGCCUGCCCCCGCUCAAGAAGGCCUCAUCCUCAUCCUCCUCCUCAUCCUCGGAGGAGAGGAGGAAGCAAGCCACCGCCAUCAUCCUAUUGGGGGUCAUUGGGGCCGAGUUCGGGGCCGAGAUCCAGCCCCCCCGGCUCCUGGCACGGCCCCGCAGCUCCAGCCAGGUUCCCGAGGGCUUCGGCUCCACCAGCGGCACCGCAGCCGAUUAUUCCCUAGCCAGGCACACGUGCAAGGCCCUGACCUUCCUGCUGCUGCCAUCGCCCGGCUCCCGCCCGCCGCCUCCCAGUGCCCUCCGCCGCAGCGCCAUCGACCUCAUUGGCCGCGGCUUCACCGUCUGGGAGCCCUACAUGGACGUGUCGGCCGUGCUGCUGGGGCUGCUGGAGCUCUGCGCCGACGCGGACAAGCACCUGGCCAACAUCACCCCCGGGCUCCCCCUGAGCCCCGCUGCCGACUCGGCCCGCUCGGCUCGCCACGCUCUGGCCCUCAUCGCCACCGCCCGGCCCCCGGCCUUCAUCACCACCAUAGCCAAGGAGGUGCACCGGCACACCGCUCUGGCUGCCAACAGCCAAUCCCAAGCCGCCGUCCACACGCCCACCCUCUGCAGAGCCAAAGGGGAGAUCCUGAGGGUGCUGGAGAUCCUCAUUGAGAAGAUGCCCAUGGAUGUGGUGGAUUUGCUGGUGGAGGUGAUGGACAUCGUCAUGUACUGUCUGGAGGGCUCCUUGCUCAAGAAGAAAGGCCUCCAGGAAUGCUUCCCGGCCAUCUGCAGGUUCUAUAUGGUGAGCUAUUACGAGCGGAGCCAUAGGAUCGCGGUGGGAGCUCGCCAUGGCUCCGUGGCCCUCUAUGACAUCCGCACUGGGAAGUGCCAGACUAUCCAUGGCCACAAAGGCCCCAUCACCGCAGUGGCUUUUGCUCCUGAUGGCCGGUACCUGGCCACCUAUUCCAAUGCUGACAGCCACCUCUGCUUCUGGCAGAUGAACACCUCCCUAUUGGGCAGCAUUGGGAUGCUCAACUCGGCCCCCCAGCUCCGCUGCAUCAAAACCUACCAGGUCCCCCCAGUGCAGCCGGCCUCGCCGGGCUCCCACAAUGCCUUGCGCCUGGCCCGCCUCAUCUGGACUUCCAAUAGGAACGUCAUCCUCAUGGCCCAUGAUGGCAAGGAGCAUCGCUUCCUGGUCUAA